UGGCCAUCGGAAGCUCUAGGGUUUUCCUUGCCCUCUCUUUCUUCGUCUCGUCGUAAAAAGCUCCAGCGCCGCCGCUUCUGCCUCGUCGUCUCUCGCUCCCCCGUCGCUCGCGGCUCGCGCCAAACCCCAAGGGAGUUGAGUGAUCGAUUGCAACCAUGAGUAAGUUGCAAUCCGAGGCUCUCAAGGAUGCCAUCUCCCAGGUUGUUGGGGAUGCCAAGGAGAAGAACAGGAAGUUCACCGAGACCGUUGAGCUUCAGAUUGGUCUGAAGAACUAUGACCCUCAGAAGGACAAGCGUUUCAGCGGCUCUGUUAAGCUGCCCCAUAUCCCCCGCCCAAAGAUGAAGGUGUGCAUGCUUGGUGACGCCCAGCACGUUGAGGAGGCUGAGAAGAUUGGGCUUGAUUACAUGGAUGUUGAAGCUCUUAAGAAAAUGAACAAGAACAAGAAGCUUGUUAAGAAGCUUGCCAAGAAGUACCACGCUUUCUUAGCAUCAGAGGCCAUCAUCAAGCAGAUUCCCCGUCUCCUUGGUCCUGGUCUCAACAAGGCAGGCAAGUUCCCUACAUUGGUUAGUCAUCAGGAAUCUCUUGAAUCCAAGGUCAAUGAGACGAAGGCUACAGUCAAGUUCCAGCUGAAGAAGGUUCUUUGCAUGGGUGUUGCUGUGGGUAACCUGUCGAUGGAGGAGAAGCAGAUCCAGCAAAACAUUCAAAUGAGUGUCAACUUCCUUGUGUCCCUUCUGAAAAAGAACUGGCAGAAUGUGAGAUGCCUGUACAUCAAGAGCACCAUGGGGAAACCGUACAGGGUGUUCUAAAUUGUUGCGCUCCUUGUGAAGUUGAUAAGAUACUGUGCCUCUGAACCGAGCUUGUCUUAAACUUAGAUCUGUUGCACCGAUAUCAGUUUUGUGAUUGCCCAAGCGAAUAUCAAAGAAAUAUUUGGUCCUUUCUCUAGUUCUUUCGUUAAUAGAACCUGCGGAGGAAUGAUAUUGGUUAUUUUAGCUAUCACAGUUUGUGUUUUGGUUA